GCUGCUGCCAAACACCCACCCUAGUAGAUCACUGACAGUGAAUUCCGAGAGAGAGAGAGAGAGAGAGAGAGAGAUUUGCUUCGCUCUCUAUCUAGAAAUUCUAUUUUUAUGUAAUUUUGGCGCCUCUGUGACUGCGUAGCUGCUGCUUUCCACGAAGGCCAUGGUCACGACCUCUUAGAUUCUACCCACCACCAGCACCACCUUCUCUCUCACGUCCCGCUAUCGAUUCCCCACAAUUCCUCUUCCUCUCUCUCAUGCUGUAUAAUAUUAACAUUUUGUAUUCCAAUUUCCAAGUCGCUCAUCAUCGUCCCUCUCUUCUUCCUCUCCAAUGGCUUCCCAGCAACAGUUCUCUGCUCUAAAGGGCGCAAAAGUGCUUAUGGUUGGGGCAGGUGGUAUUGGCUGCGAGCUGCUCAAGACUCUCGCUUUGUCUGGUUUCCAAGACAUUCACAUCAUUGACAUGGACACCAUAGAAGUGAGCAACCUUAACCGACAAUUUCUAUUCCGACAGUCACAUGUUGGGCAGUCCAAGGCCAAAGUUGCUCGUGAAGCUGUCUUAAAAUUUAGGCCUCACAUAAAAAUUACACCAUAUCAUGCAAAUGUCAAGGAUCCUGACUUUAAUGUGGAUUUCUUCAAACAAUUUAAUGUUGUUCUGAAUGGACUUGACAACUUAGAUGCAAGGCGACAUGUGAAUCGCCUAUGCUUGGCAGCUGAAGUUCCUUUGGUUGAAAGUGGGACGACUGGCUUCCUUGGACAGGUAACCGUACAUGUGAAGGGAAGAACAGAGUGUUAUGAGUGUCAGCCAAAACCUGCCCCAAAAACGUAUCCUGUCUGUACCAUUACCAGUACUCCAUCCAAGUUUGUUCACUGUAUUGUAUGGGCAAAGGACCUACUUUUCGGAAAGUUAUUUGGAGACAAGAAUCAGGAGAAUGAUUUAAAUGUGCAUUCUAGUGAUGUUGCUAGCUCAUCAGAACAAGCAGAAGAUGUUUUUGAACGUAGAAAAGAUGAAGACAUUGAUCAGUAUGGAAGGAGAAUAUAUGAUCAUGUGUUUGGUUAUAAUAUUGAAGUAGCUUUGUCCAAUGAAGAGACAUGGAAAAACCGUACCAGACCAAAACCUAUCUAUAGUAGUUAUGUCCCACCCAAUGGCCUGGCUCAACAGAAUGGAAAUUUGGAUAAAAACUGUGCAACAGAUGAUUCAUCGUCAGUAUCUGCCAUGGCAUCUCUGGGAAUGAAGAAUCCACAGGAUAUAUGGAGCCUUGUGGAGAAUUCAAGAAUCUUUUUGGAGGCUUUCAAACUAUUUUUUAUGAAGAGGGAGAAGGAGAUUGGAAACCUGACUUUUGACAAAGAUGAUCAGUUAGCUGUGGAAUUUGUUACUGCUGCAGCAAAUAUAAGGGCUUCUUCUUUUGGCAUCCCUUUGCAGAGCCUUUUUGAAGCUAAAGGUAUUGCUGGUAAUAUUGUACAUGCCGUUGCAACAACGAAUGCUAUUAUUGCUGGGUUGACUGUGAUAGAGGCAAUCAAGGUGCUGCAAAGUGAUACAAAAAAUUAUAGGAUGACAUAUUGUUUAGAGCAUCCAACGAGGAAGAUGCUGCUGAUGCCAGUGGAACCAUUUGAAGCUAACAAAUCUUGCUAUGUUUGUUCAGAGACGCCACUAAAGCUCGAGAUCAAUACUCGUCAUGCAAAGUUGCGUGACUUUGUGGAAAAGAUUGUUAAGGCCAAGCUUGGGAUGUACUUUCCCCUUAUUAUGCACGGGUCAGCACUUCUUUAUGAAGUUGGUGAUGAUCUUGAUGAAGACAUGGUAGCAAAUUAUGCAGCCAAUCUCGAGAAGGUGCUGUCUGAGCUUCCUUCUCCAAUUACUAGUGGGGUUACUGUCACAGUUGAAGAUCUGAAACAGGAACUUACGUGCAAUAUCAAUAUCAAGCACAGAGAGGAAUUUGAUGAAGAAAAGGAACCUGAUGGAAUGCUUCUCUCUGGAUGGACUCAAGCUUCAGUGGAGAAGGAUGAUAACAAGCCUAUUGGCAAUGGUGGGAGCACAUCAAAUGCAUCAGUGGAGGCUGAAAAGAAUGAUGAGAUGAGAACUGUUUCUUCUGGGAAGAAAAGGAAAGUAUGUGAGGUUCCUGGGGCUGCUGCUCAAGAUUUUUCGAAUACUACUGAUGGAACUAGAAAUCACAAUAAAUUGGAAGUGGUCGAUGACGAAGACGAUUUUCUCAUGCUUGAUCAGGAUCCUGGCAUUAACAAGAAGAAAAGAUUGCAAUAGUACUCGACUUAAUUAUCAAGGGCGCAUCUUACAUCCUAAUUUUGUACCAUUAGGAAGAUACGGUGAUUCUUUUGGAGCUGAUAAUGGUUGCUUUAGGUCUCGAUAUUUAGCCUUUUGCUUGAGUUAGAUAGAAUUAGUCGUUUCUCUCUAUCCCCCUUGUAUAUGUUAACACAGUAGUAACAAUGUGUAUUCUUCGUAGCUAUAUUAACACGGGUUAGAGCUAGCUGUACUGUAGCAAUGAUGGAGAUUGACCUGAAAUGAACUCUGGUCAUUGAAUUAAUUAACGACCAUAAUUCUCAGGAGAUAUUUGAAUCAUUCAUUUUCAACAGUGUAAUUUUCUAA